GAGGAUAUUUAUGCGUCGCUUGAUUCCUCCAUCGCGAUCAUGCUCCCACAACGGCAACUGCUGCGUUUCGCGGCACCCUUACGGCCCCGCAAACUCCUCGUCCCAAUCACCCCGUCAGCAUGUCGCUACUCAAUCGCUGGGCUCCCUGCAACCCCCGCCCCGGAGUCGAAAACGUUCUCGACCCCGCUCGCGAAGCAGCUCACGGAGGCCAUCAAGACCACCGGUCCCAUUCCGCUGGCAGCGUAUAUGCGGCAGUGUCUGACGUCUAGCUCCGGUGGCUACUACACGACGCACGCCGACCCGUUCGGGCGGCGCGGUGAUUUCAUCACUUCUCCGGAGAUCUCGCAGUUGUUUGGCGAGAUGCUCGGGGUGUGGCUCGUCACCGAGUGGAUGGCGCAGGGACGGCCAAAGUCCGGUGUGGAUCUGAUAGAGUUGGGACCUGGACGCGGGACGCUGAUGGAUGAUGUUCUAAGGACAAUCUCCUCCUUCCGCGCGCUCACCACCGCGAUCGAAUCCAUCCACCUGGUCGAAGCCUCGCCCACACUGCGACAAACGCAAGCCUCGCUGCUCUGCGGGCCGUCCACCGAGCUCUCGGAGCUCCCCAGCGGCGUGUUCACCGCCGUGAGCAAACACGCCAACAUCCCAGUGCACUGGCACAGCAGCCUCUCCACCGUCCCAGCCGGCCCCUCCCGCACGCCCUUCAUCCUCGCGCACGAAUUCUUCGACGCGCUGCCAAUCCACGCAUUCGAGUCUACCGCGCAAGGCUGGCGGGAGCUCCUCGUCUCUCCCGCGCCACCGACCGCGAAGCCCUUGGUCAUCGGCGGCGCCGCUCCCGAAUUCGCGCUCACCCGCGCAACGCAGCCGACGCCGCACGCCCUGCUGCUCCCAGAGCUCUCGCAGCGCUACAGGGCGCUCAAGAAAUCGGCCGGGUCGAUCAUCGAGGUCUCGCCGGAGAGCCUGACGGUCGUCGAGGACAUCGCGAAGCGCAUCGGUGCUGGGAGCAGCGGCGCCGCCCUGAUCGUCGACUACGGCCCGCUCGAUACUGUCCCUGUCAACUCCCUGCGCGGGAUCAGGGCCCAUCGCAUAGUCUCGCCGUUUGAGCGCCCCGGCGAGGUGGAUGUUAGUGCGGACGUGGACUUCCAUGCGCUUGCGGAGCGCGCGCUGGUCGCAAGUGAGCGUGUGGAGGUGCAUGGACCUGUGGAGCAGGGGGCUUUCUUGCUCACUAUGGGCAUGAGGGAGAGGAUGGAGCAGCUGGGGAAGAAGAUGAACGACGAGGAGAAGAAGAGGAUGGACACCGGGUUCAAUAGGCUCGUCGAGAGGGGCCCCGGUACUAUGGGGAAGAUCUAUAAAGUCCUUGCUAUUGUGCCCGAGAGGGGAGGGAAGAGACCUGUCGGCUUUGGGGGGAUGGCGGCGUAGAUGGCGGGGCUGAGGGAUAGAUGUAUAGUACAUACGGAAAC